AUGUGUCUACGGCUCCGUCUCUCCCAGCUGCCCCGGCCGGAACCUCUCCUGCUGUCAGUCGGAGUCCUGUUUCGUCCUUUGAAAGAACAAAAGACUCUCAGUUUACGUGGAAAGCAUGCCGAUGUUCGUUGUUUCCACCAACGUGGCCAAAGGCAACGUGCCCGCGGCUCUGCUGUCAGAAGCUACCGAGGAGCUGGCUAAAGCUAUGGGCAAGCCUGCACAGUACAUUGCUGUGCAAAUCAACCCAGAGCAAAUGAUGAUGUUUGGAGGGAAGGAAGACCCAUGUGCACUCUGCUCCCUUCACAGUAUUGGAAAGAUCAGCCCUGCUCAAAACAAGCAGUACUCUAAACUACUGUGUGGACUGCUCAACAAACACCUGGGCGUAUCUCCUGACAGGAUUUACAUAAAUUUUGUGGACAUGGAUGCUUGCAAUGUGGCCUGGAACAACUCCACUUUUGGCUGAGCUGGAGAAAAAAGAAAACAUCAUUCCAUCUGUGGUGAAAUGUUAUAGUUAUAAAUGAGAAAAUUCAAAACACACCUGAUUAUAGCUUGUCAAUUGACCUAUAUUGCACUUACUAGUUCAAUCAAUAUAGCUUUGCAGUGGUCUUUCCCCUCCACAAUAAAGCACAUCUGGUAACACACAAAUUCUGGUUUUCUCAUUGUCUCGCCAUACCGAAUUGUGUCUUGCGUUUCCAUAGACAAGACAUCAAAUAUACAUAAACCUCACCUUGACGCGAAUUACUGUAUACGUAAAUGUCGCGGCCAUAUUGAGAGAGUCAGAGGGUCGUGAUGGGUGAAGAUGCCUCAUGCAUUUGCUGCUUGGAGAUGGGCCAUCAUAUAAUAUCAUUUUGUGCCUAGUAAAGGAAAAUGAUGGAUUAGUUUCUAAAUACAUUACACAUGCUUGAAGAUUAUUGCUGAA